CGCUCGCGGGCUUCCGUAGUUACUCCCGGAAGAAGCUCACAUGCACACAAACGUUAGAGAGAGAGAGAGAGAGACAGCCCCUUAAGAUCAUGAGGUGAAGAAGAAGAAGAAGAAAAACACCAACAAUGACAGCUUGUGCCGAGUAUCGCUCCAUCUUCGACUUGUGCCCGGAUGAUGAAGCUCUCACUGGACUGAGGGAGGUGAACCCCGUCCUGAGGCAGGCUGCUGUCACCGACCCAGCCCCAGAAGAGUUGGAGGAUAAAUCCCCAGAAGAUGACAGGCAGAGGGAGUCCAGCCUGGUUCGAGAGGUGUCGGACAAGAUGGUGUGCUCAGCCUGCAGAUGCUCCUUUAAUAACCGUGAGGAGCAGAUGGAGCACUACAAGCUCGACUGGCACCGCUUCAACUUGAGACAGAAGAUGUCGGGGACGCCGCCGGUGACAGCUGAGGAGUUUGAGAGGAAGACAGGAGCUGGAGACAUGUCGAGCAUCUCGGGCUCGGAGUCGGAUUCAGAGGAAGAAGACUUGGAUAGUGACAGUGGAGGAGGAGGAAGAAGCAGCAGCAACGUCAACGGCACAGAUAACGAGAGCUCAGCUGAAAGCAGUUCAAUCACCGGCCGACCCUUGAGCAGGAUCGUUUUCCAGAACUCGGCAGGACAGUAUCUAUCAGUCUACCGCUGCGUUCUGCAGGGCAAGCUUCAGUCAGACGACGAGCAGGAUGCAGGAUCCUCCCUGAAGGCCAUAAGUAAGAAGACCGUGUGGAUCGUCCUCAUGACAGGUGGAGGCCACUUUGCUGGUGCUGUUUUCCAAGGGAAAGAAGUCCUUCAGCACAAGACGUUCCACCGCUAUACAGUGCGGGCGAAGCGAGGCACCGCUCAAGGACUGAAAGAUUCACAGAACCGAAGUCACGCACCCAAAUCCGCAGGAGCUGCCCUGAGGCGACACAACGAGGCGGCGCUCGUAAAGGACAUUCAGGAUCUCCUAGUAAGCUGGGCCGAACAUGUGCAGGAGGCCUCUGCCAUAUUCGUACGAGCUCCCAGCUACAACAAAACCAUCUUUUUCGGCGGUCGUGCAGCUCCGCUCGACAAAAAAGACUCCAGGAUCCGCACACUCCCCUUUGCCACACGCAGGGCGACCUUUCGGGAGAUACAGCGGGUACACGAGGUGCUUUCCACUGUCCAUGUUUAUGGGAAAGACACAGACAUGUCUGCUGUCUUCAGCCCAUCUAAGAAGGCCUGGAAGAAAGCUGUCAAGCCCACAGCUCGAAUAAAUACAGAUCAGGAGAAAGAAGAAAUCCAUGACAGCUCGGAUAACGAAGGAGGUGUAGAGAUCCAGCUGGAGAUGGUGGAGAUGACAUUAGGAACUCUGGACCUCAGGGAGUCUGAAAUCUGUCCCUCCCGGCACAGGAGGAGGAGGAGGAGGAAAAAGAAGGAGGAGGGCAAAAUGCAAACUGAAGAACUGAGUAACACGGAAGCAGACGAUCAGGAAGAGGAGGUGCCAGAGGCUGCAGCAGCAGGAGACGGCCCUCAAGAGACGCAAUCAAAGAAGAGGAAAAGGAAAGCACCGAGCAAGAAACAACUGGAAGAUGAUGUUGAUGAGUCGUGGGAGUACGGCCUGAGGGAUGCCCUGUUUACAGCCUGUAAGGUUGGGGAUGCGGAUGCUCUGUGCACACUCCUCCAGCUACCUGGAGAGACAGCAGAGAGUCAAGAGCAGUCGGAGAACGACCCUUCUGAUGCUCCAAGUCCUCUAACUCUCCUCAAUAAGCCCAUUGACUCUUCAGGGUUCACUCUGCUGCACGUGGCGUCAGCAGCUGCACAAAAAGCAGUGGUCCGGCUGCUCCUGGACGCAGGAGGAGACCCAGCCUGCAGAGAUAAUAGAGGGAAGACCCCGUAUGUCGUCGCCCCGGACAAAGACACAAGAAAUGUCUUCCGUAAAUAUAUGGGUGAGAAUCCUGACAAAUACGACUACGUCAAGGCGCAGGUCCCGGGGCCACUAACGGCAGAGAUUGAAUCCAAACAGUCGGAGAAGAAAAAGGCUCAGAAGGCGUUGAAAAAACAGCGAGAAAAAGAGCAGAAGGAGGAAAAGAGGAAACAGGAGCUGGAGGCGGAGGAAAAGAAGAGGUUUGCAUCUCUGACAGAUCGAGAAAAGAGAGCUCUGGCAGCAGAGAGGAGGUUAGCAGAGCAAGUGGCUGCAUCGGGAGUCAGCAUCUCUCAUGUCAAGAGAUGCUGGCUGUGUGGAGAGUCUCUGCUGGGGAAGAUCCCAUUUCAGUAUCUGGAAUAUUCGUUCUGCAGCCCUCAAUGCGUUCAAGCACAUCGUAAAGCCAACACUCUUCCAGGCAAGACCUGAAGAACGUUUUAGGUGGAAGGAAACUACCUCAUUACAACUAAAAGUGUGAGUUUGUGCAGCCUCGGUGGGAGUGGAACGUGGCUGCGCCCUGCCAAUGUGUUUGAUCGUUCCCCCCUCUGGAGGAACAGUAAAGCAUUGUCUUGUUUUCAAGUCUACACAUACAUUUCAAAUAUAAUGGAAUGAUGGCAGAUGACUGAUGAUGAACUGCAUACACAUACAUAUCUACAUAUAUUAAAACAAUGUAAUAAAUGUAUAAUUUAUUCACAAUAUCUGCAAUUAUGCAAACGGAGAAACAAAGCAAAUGCAAUAAAACACUAUAAUACUGUU